AUGUUAUAAUUGGUACCUCAUUAUCAUGUGGAAAUGAUGAAAAAUAAUCUAAAAUAAUAUCAAUUUAAAUUAUAUGAUGCAAUAGAAGGAUAACAAUAUGAAAUCGCGCUGCUAAUUUUGGAUUAACUAAAUUCAAGAUCAGCUUGGAUUAGUGGAAUUUAUUUUAUAAUGAAUGUAUAUGAAUUGGAUAAUAAUAUCAUAAAUAAGUUCUUGAAAAUAGUAUAAUAAUCAGAUGAACUUGAGAUGACAGAAUAUGAAUAAUUAGUAUUAACAUAGAUUUGUCAAUAAUUUAUGAAUGUUGAAAUGAUCAUACUUUUAUAUAAGUAUAAUUUGAAUGGUUGGAUUUAAUUAUCUCCAAAGAUUCAUCUUUAUUUAAGGAAUUCUGUCCACCCAUCAGUACCUCAUAUAUUUAUUAACUACUAUAUUAAAAAAAAUAUAGAAUUAUUAGAAAAACAUGAAUAAUCUUUUAAUGAAGACUUUGUAUGGACACUUAAAGAUAUCAGAACAUUUUAUUAAUUGAUGCCUACAAAUAUUAUGUAUCCAUAUUAUUAACUAAUUCAAAUUUCUAUAUACGUAAGAAUGCUUGAUUUAGAAAAUGUUCCAUGUCCAAUAUCUCCAUAAACAAUUCCUAUUAAAUAUUCAACAAAAUUAGAAGAGAUUCUCAAGAAAUUAUUACUUUCUUAGCAUAAAGAUUGUUUAGAAUUAUAUGUAUUUUGUUUGAUUGAAAUUGGUUUAUUGAGAAUUGUUAUAACAAAUAUUAAAUUUAAUUUAACUUAAGAAUAGUUAACAUAAAUAAGAAAAUAGUUUAUCGAAACAGCAAUAAAAUAAGAUUAUAUUGUAGAUGUUGAAGUCUUUAAAUUUUUAGAUGAUAUUUAAUCUUUUAAUCAUGAAAUGAAAUUGGAAAUAUAUAGAAAAAAUCCUUAAUUUUAUGAAAAUAUUGAGUCUUUGAAUAUUUUUGAUGAUAUAUCUAUAAUAAAUGGGUUAAUGCAUAAUUUCUCCUUUUUAGUGAAUUAACAAGUAUGAAUCAAUAUCUUUAAUUUAGAAAGUUAUUUAAUAAUUAGCAUAAUUUAAUUCAUUAUAUUCACUAAAGGCUAUAUGGAUUUUACAUAUUGAUGGAGCAAUUCCUCACUUAACAAAUAAUCCUAUAUAACAAUUUAAAUUAAAAAACUUCAAAUGUCUUAAUGUAUUUAAUCAAAUUCAAUAUUAAUAAAAUUAUGAACAUCUAAUGGAAGCUUUAAAAGUAACUGCAAUAUGCAUUUGGACUGAUAAAAAAAUAAAAUAAGAGGAAUUAGAAAAUAAAUUAUUGUUAUCAUAUAUUAAAUAAUGUAUAACACAAGAGAAUUGUUAAAAUAUUUUAAAACUAUUGUUUAGUAUUUCUAAUGGAGUUUUUGAAGAAAAUUAUGAUAUUUAGUAAAUAUCAAUUCAAGUACCUUAUUUCUUAGAAUUAUUAAUAAUUUUGUUAUUUGAAUAAAACGUUGAUGUUGCUUAGAAAUAAUUUUAUUUAUAAUAAUUAUUAUUGUUGACAUAAAAUCUUGAAAAUGUAUUAUAAAUUAUGAAGUGUUAAUUAAUAGAAAGACUCAUUUUCUUUUUAAGGAUUGAAAAUGUAUGUUAAGAAUAAAUAAUCGAAAUAUUAAUAAAUUGUAUUAAAGUUAGAUUUUCAUUAUAGUAUUUAAAAGCAAUUGCUUAAUUUAUGUCACCAUAUUAAUCUUUGAUUAUGAUACCUUAUAUACAAGAAAAAUAAAAGUUUAUUUAAUAUAGAAAGAUUGCUUCUAUCUUAGGGGUGCCUCUGUAAUCUAUAGAAUGUGGGACAUUUUAAUAAUAAAUGCACUUUCAAGCUCCAAUUCUUAACAAAGACCUUUUCUUAAAAAAUUCUACUCUCUUACUACAUUGUUUAAACAAGGUGAUCUCUAUUUAAAAUGAUUAAUAUUAUUAUUUUACUGGACAUUAGAGUGGCAUUUUGGUAAAAGGAAAGAUGCAAUUUGAAACACAAAAUAAUAUUUUCUCUANUAUUGUAGAUGUUGAAGUCUUUAAAUUUUUAGAUGAUAUUUAAUCUUUUAAUCAUGAAAUGAAAUUGGAAAUAUAUAGAAAAAAUCCUUAAUUUUAUGAAAAUAUUGAGUCUUUGAAUAUUUUUGAUGAUAUAUCUAUAAUAAAUGGGUUAAUGCAUAAUUUCUCCUUUUUAGUGAAUUAACAAGUAUGAAUCAAUAUCUUUAAUUUAGAAAGUUAUUUAAUAAUUAGCAUAAUUUAAUUCAUUAUAUUCACUAAAGGCUAUAUGGAUUUUACAUAUUGAUGGAGCAAUUCCUCACUUAACAAAUAAUCCUAUAUAACAAUUUAAAUUAAAAAACUUCAAAUGUCUUAAUGUAUUUAAUCAAAUUCAAUAUUAAUAAAAUUAUGAACAUCUAAUGGAAGCUUUAAAAGUAACUGCAAUAUGCAUUUGGACUGAUAAAAAAAUAAAAUAAGAGGAAUUAGAAAAUAAAUUAUUGUUAUCAUAUAUUAAAUAAUGUAUAACACAAGAGAAUUGUUAAAAUAUUUUAAAACUAUUGUUUAGUAUUUCUAAUGGAGUUUUUGAAGAAAAUUAUGAUAUUUAGUAAAUAUCAAUUCAAGUACCUUAUUUCUUAGAAUUAUUAAUAAUUUUGUUAUUUGAAUAAAACGUUGAUGUUGCUUAGAAAUAAUUUUAUUUAUAAUAAUUAUUAUUGUUGACAUAAAAUCUUGAAAAUGUAUUAUAAAUUAUGAAGUGUUAAUUAAUAGAAAGACUCAUUUUCUUUUUAAGGAUUGAAAAUGUAUGUUAAGAAUAAAUAAUCGAAAUAUUAAUAAAUUGUAUUAAAGUUAGAUUUUCAUUAUAGUAUUUAAAAGCAAUUGCUUAAUUUAUGUCACCAUAUUAAUCUUUGAUUAUGAUACCUUAUAUACAAGAAAAAUAAAAGUUUAUUUAAUAUAGAAAGAUUGCUUCUAUCUUAGGGGUGCCUCUGUAAUCUAUAGAAUGUGGGACAUUUUAAUAAUAAAUGCACUUUCAAGCUCCAAUUCUUAACAAAGACCUUUUCUUAAAAAAUUCUACUCUCUUACUACAUUGUUUAAACAAGGUGAUCUCUAUUUAAAAUGAUUAAUAUUAUUAUUUUACUGGACAUUAGAGUGGCAUUUUGGUAAAAGGAAAGAUGCAAUUUGAAACACAAAAUAAUAUUUUCUCUAUUAUCAUCUAAUUUAAAGGUUAAUUAAAAUAAUCAACUCUCUUAAAUUGGGGAAAUUAAGACAUAAGCUUUUCAGUAGCUAUUGAAGAUCAUUAACUACUCAGUAUUAGAUACAAAUAACAAGAUAUAUUAAAAACAGCUAAGUACACUUUGAAAUAUUAAGAGAAUUUUAUUGUCAUAAAUUUCAAUUAGAAUAAAGCAUUUUAAGUAAAUAUCAAUGGUAAUGAUGUUUUGGCAAAACAAGCAGAUUAAUUUGAUAAUUUUUAAAUUCCUGUUUUAAAUUUCUUUACUGUUGGUGCAAAACUGACUAAUGAUGAAUCCUUAAGUGAUUCUUUCAGAGGAGAAAUGAGAUUGCUUUAUAUUUUAGAUUAAAAUAUUAAUGCAGAAGAUAUUUACAUUUUAGAAAAGAAAUCUUAGAAUAACUCGAUUUUAUUUUCAUAAUUACUUAGAAUGUAAAUCAAAGGUAGGAUUUUGUUAUAUUUAAAUAAUUAAUCUUAGAAGUAAGACAUAUAAUUUGAUGGAUUGUUAUAUUAGAAUAAUCAAACCAUUAUUGAGAAUUGUUAAUAUUUGAUGUUUAGAGGAAGAAGAUAAAAAUAAACUACAAUAUCAAAAUUUAUGGGAAAAUUGUUUUAAUAAAAGAAAAAUUAAAAUUAAUUGGAUGUUUCCAAUUAAAAUUCAAAAAAUGUAUUAUUCUUAGAGAACACUACUUUACUAGAUGUUAUGAAAUCUUAUGGAAAUUUGGAUAUUCUUUUUUUCCCAUUGCAUAUUUUGAAUGACACUAAAUGUGUAAUUAGUGUUUUAUAAUUGCUUAACACAAUAAUUCAAAAGUUUGGAGAUGAUAAUUCAAUAUAAAACUAUUUGAGAUCUGAUUCUUAAUAUAAAGGGAUUAAAGUCUUAGGAUAUUUAUUAACAGUACAUAUGAAAACAUAAGGAUGCUCAAUUUAAUUAUUAUAGUAAAUACUUAAUUUUUAUAAUUCUUUAUUAUAAUGUUAAAUAAUUUAAAUAUUAAAGUAAGAUUGCAUGUGUAUAUAUCAUGAAUUUGAAUUUUGGUAAUAUUGUUAAUAUGAUAUCCUUUUAUAUCUUUACUCUUAUCUAUUUGAAUAGUUAUAAAACAAAGAAGAGUUAUUUACUUAUUUUAAAGAUUAAGUACAAGUAUUGUAUUAUAUUUUGUAAGUCUAAUUAAUAUCUUAUGAAGAGAGUAAAGGUGAUUAAUAAAAUUAUAUCUAAACUAGAAAGAUCUUAUUAAAAUGCAUUUUAUACCUAAUGUACAAUACAUUUUUUUAAAUGUAAUUUAUUAAUGAUUAAAUCAUACCUAUACAGAUGAUAAUUAGAGAUAAAAAGUAUUAAUCAAGUGAUAAUUUAUAAAUACUAAAAAAUGAAAUUAUGUUGAUAUUAAAUUAUAUCACUUUAAAAAAUAUUAAUGAUUUAGUGAUUUUAUUGGGAUUUACAGUUAGAAAACCAUAAAUUAAUUUAAUUUUAGAGUUAUUAACUGAUAUUAGAUAAGGUAAUUAAUCAUCUCAAAAGGAAUCAUUUUUAGAUGUGACGUAGAGUUAAUAUGUUUUAAAGAUAGAGAAUGAUGAUACUAUUUUAUAAAUUAUAUUCAAAGUUGUUUAUGGUGUAAUUAUUGAAAUGAUAAAUUAAAAUACUUUAGAUGAUUUAUUAUUAGGUCCAUUAAUGGAAAUAUUAGUUAAAGUGCAAGUUCACUAAAUUAAUUAUGAAUAUACAUUAAUAGAAUUAUAAUAAGCUAAGAAUUCAUAAUAAUAAUAAAAAACAAAAGAAUACAGUGCUAUAAAGUCAUUAUUCAUUAAAAUCAAUUAUAUUUUAUUUGAAAUAAAUAGCAGUAUUAUUUGUUGCUAAAAAACAUUUUAGGUUUUAAUUAAUGUAUAAUAUUAAUAUUUAUUUAGAUUAGUUAUCAAGUUUGGUAUUAAAAUAAGAAUUAAAUUUAGAAAAAGAAGUUUUAAAUUUAUUACUAUUACACUUUACAUUAUAUAAUCUUGAAACUAAAUAAUUGAUAAUAGAAUUCUUUCUUCAAUCUUUGUAAUAUAAAGUAUUUAUGAAUUAAUUGUGUAAUCAUAAAGAACUAAUGAAUUUCUUUAAAGAUUUGAUUAAUAUAGAUAUUGGUUAAACAUUAAUAAAUUAUAUUGUAUUACAUCAUAUAGAAAAUAUUGAUUUUUCAGCCAAGAAAAUAUUGAAAUUAUUUAAUAUGAUACCAUAACAAAAUAAUUAAUUUAUGAAGGUCAUAUUGACAAUUUUGUUACUUUAAAAUAACACUAAUAAUAAAUAAAAUCCAAAAUCAGAAAUUUCAUUAUUAGAUUUAUUUAUGUUCUUACCAACUGCAUUAACAUAAAAUUAAGAGUUGAUCUUAAGUGAUCCAGAAUUAUUUGUUAAGGUAUUUCAUGAAUAUGUUACCUAUUUAUAAAAAUAAAACAUUCUAUAUUCAUUUUAUCCUGAUACUGAAUAUAUAGGAUAUUAUGAAUAUGAUCCAAUACCAUUUUUUAGUUUUUUAUAAACUGAAGUAUCUAAAAAGUAUAUUUAUCCUAAUGGAGGAGUGAUGGGAGUUGUCUUAUUUAUAUUAUUUUAUUCAUUAGAACUAUUAAUUUAAAACAAGGAAGCGAAAUAGUUAUUACUUAUUUGGAAGAGACUAUUAAUAGAAAAAUAAAAAUCUUAAUUUCAACAUAAUUCUUAAAUAUUAAUAAAUGAUGAAUAAAUUCCAAAUUUAUAAAUGAAAAUUAAGAAAAUUAAAAUUAAAUCUUAAAAAUCUUCAUUAAUGUAAAAAAUUAAACAAACAAUGUUAGGUGAAUAUCAAUUAACUCAAUACGAUAAAUAUUUUUAUGAUAUACAUUUAUAUCAUGUUUUAAAAUUCUAAUAGAUAUCUUAAUAAUAUUCAGAAGAACUAUAUGAUAUUUUUACUUCUAUUAAGUUCAAAUUUGAUAAUUUUUUAAACUUUCAAUCUCUUUGGUCCAUCAUUGAAUCAAACAAUCUAUAAAAUUAUAGUGAUCAAUUAUCAACUAAAAUUAAUUUAGAAUAAUUAUCAAUUAUUACAUCAUUUGAAGAUAUAAACAAUAGAGCUUAUUAGAUUAUUACUUAAUUUAAUUUAUAAAGUCAAUAAAUAGAAUCAGCAAUUUAAUUAAAUGGUAAAUUAAGUAAUGAUGCUAAGAAAUUUUUAGAUCUUUUAAAUAAAGUGAAUUCACCAUUAAAGUAUUUAGAAUUAUUUAAGGAAUAAGAAGAAUUAAUUUAAAAAGCAUGUGUUUAUCUUAAAUUGUAUUCAUUUAGACAAAUAUAAUUUACUUAAGAAUUAAGUAUUCUAUUAAAUAUCUAUUCAUUAAAUAAUUAAAGUAUUGAUCAAAUGGAUAAUACUGUUAUUAAUCUAAAUAAUUAAUAAUCAAUACUAUAACAAUCCUAGUAUUAAUAAUAAUUAUAUGACUUUCCAAAAAUUUCAUCUAAUCUAUUUAAUCAAUAUAAACAAGAUUUUUUAUUAAUAAUAUAAAAAUUUGAAAAUGAAUUGAUGAUAAAAUAACUUAUAAUAUAAUUCAAAGUUAAAUUACAUUAUAAAUAAAAUACACAUAAAAGAGGAUUGUGGUAUUUUAUGAAUUAUGGGGAUGCACACUUGUAUGAGCAAUUAAAUCAUGAAAAAUUAGAAUCAUUUUUAUAAUUAUUAGGAAAAGAAAGAUAUUCAAUAAAUAGUUAUGAAGAUAGUAUGAGAAGGAAAAUGUUUUUGAAAGUUUUUGCUAAAUAAAAAAAAACAUAUGAACAUAUAUAAUUAAAUAAAACAGCAUAAAAUAUUUUUAGUGAUCUAUAUAGUGCAUAAUAAAUAAUUUAAUAGAAGGAUAAAUUUAUUAAUAAUGAAAAUCAAAGAUAUAUUGCAGAAUUAAUAACUUAGAGAGGAUUUUAUAGAGGAAAAAUAAGAAUAACUAAUGAAUAUUUUAUGUUUGAGAAUUUUGGAUCAGACAUUUAAUUUCAAGAUGUUCAAUAUAAAUUUUAAAAAGAUAGUUUAUUAAAAACAGAAAAGUAGAAAUUAAUACCAUUGUCUUAAAUUAAAGAAGUUUUUCCAAGAAGUUAUUUGGCUCAACCAAUAGCCAUUGAAUUAUUUACUAAUAAUAAUAAAACUUAUUUGUUUAAUCUUUUUGGACAAAGAUAAAUAAUUAUGAAAAUUUUAUCAUAAUUUUGUAAUGUAAUAAUGAAUCCAAUUGAAUAAUUUAAAAAGAGUGGUAUAAUUGAGAAAUGGAGAAAAGGAGAUAUUACAAAUUUCUAAUAUUUGAAUGAAGUUAAUAAAUGGGGAGGGAGAACGUAUAAUGAUUUAAAUUAGUAUCCAAUAUUUCCAUGGGUUAUAGCAAAUUAUGUAGAUUUCGAUAUAUAAAAUAAAGAUCAUUUUAGAAAACUUGAUAUUCCUAUUGGAGCAAUCAAUUAAAAGAGAUUGGAUAAUUUCUUAGAAAGAUUUAAAUAAGCAAAUCCAGAAGAUAUGAAUAUGUACUUUAUUUAUGGAACUCAUUAUUCUCAUAGUGCAAUAGUUAUGAGUUUUUUAAUGAGAAUGGAACCAUUUGCUUCACUUCAUUAAGAGUUGUAAUCUGGAAGAUUUGAUAAAGCAGAUAGAUUAUUUCAUUCUUUAGAAUAAUAAUGGCAUUCUGUUACAAAUUCAAGUAGUGAUGUUAAAGAAUUAAUACCAGAGUUUUUCUAUUUUAGUGAAUUUUUAAAGAAUAAGAAUAAAUUUGAUUUAGGAUAACUUUAAUCAGGGACUGUAGUUAGUGAUGUAACAUUACCUUAAUUUAUAAAUACAAAUAGUCCAGAAGAGAUGAUAUUUUUGAAUAGAUUAGUUUUAGAAAGUGAGUAUGUAAGUAAUAAUUUACAUAAUUGGAUUGAUUUAAUAUUUGGAUAUAAAAGUGGAAUGAAUGCUUAAAAAUACAAUAAUUUAUAUCAUAGAUUAACUUAUAGUAAUUAUGUUUAAUAAUUACUAGAGAAAACUAAUGAUGAAAAGUUGAAAGAAUAAUAUAUAACUUAAGUAUAUUAUUAUGGAUAAACUCCAUAAUAAUUAUUUAAAAAAGAUCAUCCAGUAAAAUAAUAUUAAAAAUUAAAUGAUUCAUUAUUGUAAUUUAAAUAAAUUACAUAGAUGAAUAAUAAAUAAAAUAUUGAAAUUGAUCAACUAUUUUGUAAUGAUAAAUAUUUAGUAUUAAUAAAUAAUGAAUAAGAAAUUCAUGUUUUUAAUAUAGAAAAUAGAAUAACAAGUCAUAAAAUAUAAAAAGAUUUUGUCAAUUAAGAAAUUAAACAAUUGAAAUUUAAUCAAGAUAAUAUAUUUUUAUUAUUUGAUGAUUCUUUAGUGGUAAGUGGAUACUCUGAUAAUUCUGUAAAAGUCUAUUCUCUUAAAGAUCUCAAAUUAACAUGUUCUGUAUUAUACCAUACUAAAGUUGUUACUAGUUUAGGUAAAAGUUCUACAAAAUUAUUAUGUGGUAGUAGAGAUACAAGAAUAUCAGUCUGGGAAUGGACAUUAUCACAUUAACCAGAAUUUAUAUUAUAUGGACAUUAAAACGAAGUCUCUAUUAUAUAAGUUAAUUAGAUUUUAUAAAUUAUUCUAAGUUAUGAUCUAAAAGGAGACAUUCUCAUACAUACUCUAAAAGGAGCAUUUUUAAAAUUAAUUGAAACAUCAUUAAAUGAUUGUCAUUAAAUUAAAAUUCAUCCAUCAGGAUUUAUUCUGAUUUCUUAAUCCAACAAAUUGAUUAUUUUUACUUUAUAAGGGGAACUAUUCCUUUCUAGAGAAUUAUUAGAUCAUAUCAUAUCAAUCAAUGUUCUUAAUGAGUAUUUACCUGAUAUUGUAAUAAUUAUAUGAUAUUUAGUUAAUCCUUACUUACGAUGGUACAAUUUUUAUUACAUCUAUUAUUGAAUUGAAAAAAACAGAUGAUUUUAAUUAUUAUUGUCUCAAGAAAUACAAAUUAGAAGAUAUGGAAAUCAAAAUGGACACUAAUUAAUUGAGAAAAGUUAAAGAAUUAAUUAAUACUAAAAAUUUAGAAUUUUUGACUUCUCAAAUUUCAUGUAGCUAAUUUAUACAAUGUACAAUUUAUUUUAAAUAUAGUAAAUACUCAAAGAAUUCUUAUUAUUUCUUAUGAAAAUGGGUAAAUAAUAUCUUUGUAUGAAUAACCAAAAACAACUAAUUUAUUAUGA